CCUCGGCCCCGCCCCGAGCGGCGGCGGCGGCCUGACCCCAGAGCCGUCCCCGGGCCGUCCCCUGGCCGGGCGGUGCGGAGCAGAGCUGGAGCCGGAGGCGCCGAUAUGGCCGCGCCCUGGGGUCUGUCCGCGCCCCUCAGCCCGGCGCAGCUGAAGCGCAUGGAGCAGCACCGCUACAGCGCGGCCGGCCGCUCGCUGCUGGAGCCCUGGCUGCAGCCCUACUGGGCCUGGCUGGUGGAGCAGCUCCCGCUGUGGCUGGCCCCCAACGCCAUCACCCUCGGCGGCCUCCUGCUCAACUGCCUCACGGCGCUGCCGCUCGUCGCCUCCUGCCCCAGCGCCACCGAGCAGGCACCUUUUUGGGCAUACAUCCUGGGUGCGUUAGGACUUUUUAUCUACCAGUCGCUGGAUGCCAUUGAUGGGAAGCAAGCGAGAAGAACAAACAGUAGUUCUCCUCUAGGAGAACUCUUUGAUCAUGGUUGCGACUCUAUUUCCACAGUUUUUGUUGUCCUUGGAUCCUGCAUAGCAAUCCGACUAGGAACAAAUCCUGACUGGUUGUUUUUCUGUUGUUUUGUGGGACUGUUCAUGUUCUAUUCUGCUCACUGGCAGACAUAUGUAUCAGGCAUAUUAAGGUUUGGAAAAGUUGAUGUAACUGAAGUUCAGAUAGCCAUAACGCUGCUGCUUUUGAUAUCAGCGUUUGGUGGAACAGCAAUAUGGGACUAUAAGGUCCAUUUGGUAGGCUUAGAGCUGAAGUUUUUUGUGGUUUUUGGCAUACUGUGUGGAACAGCGCUUUCUUUUUUCAAUUACUUCCGUGUCAUCUUCGGUGGAGGGGUUGGAAAGAAUGGAUCUACAAUAGCAGGAACAAGUGUUCUUUCACCAGGUGUCCACAUUGGGCUACUUAUCACACUGGCUGUUGUGAUCUAUAAAAAAUCUGCAACCCAGCUGUUUGAAAAACAUCCUUGCCUGUAUGUCUUGACAUUUGGAUUCGUGAAUGCUAAAAUCUCACAGAAGUUAGUGGUGGCUCACAUGACAAAAAGCGAGAUCUGUCUUCAAGACACUGCAUUUAUUGGGCCAGGUCUUCUGUUUUUGGACCAGUACUUCAACAGUUUCAUUGAUGAAUAUAUUGUUCUAUGGAUAGCAUUGUUCAUAUCCUUGUUUGAUAUGCUGAGAUAUGCCACUGGUGUAUGCCUACAGAUCGCUGCUCAUCUUCAUAUACAUGUCUUCAGAAUUUCAUCUCAUCAAGCUCCUGAACAGGUACAAGUUGUUUCUCCAUUGAGCCAUCAGAAUAACAUGGACUGAAGAGACUUGCGAACAGUUGCCAUCUCUUGCUGUUGAGUGUCCAUCAUAAUCUUCUUCUGCAACAUAGCCAUUUCUUUGCGAAGUUCAUUUUGUGCACCAACUAGAAGAUUUUCAUUGUUUUUCUCUAGUUCUUCCAUGCUCUACAGAUUAGGAUAAUCUUAAUUCAAAACUGCUUGAUGCCUCAGGGUUAAUUUGAAAAAAAAAAAAAUCUAUUUUUCAGACUACAGUUCAAUUUUUAUAGCAGCAGUGAUAAUUACAGAUGAAUUUUGUCAUGAACCUGAAAGAGAAAUUGUGUGGGACUUUGUGCUCCACUCUACAUUACUGUUUAAACAAUAUGCACAUGGCAAAGGAAGCAGUCCUUUCCACUCAGCAUCUCUGAGGUCCCAGCUACUAUCCUGCAUUUCAAUAAACAUAAGGGUUCUACAAGAAAAAAAUUGGACACAUACCUGUCAGGAGUGAUAGGGGUACAGUUUAAUGUUAUGACAACUUUAGAGACUCGACAUAAGGCCUAUAGAAAACGUUGAAUUUGCUCCUCUUUGCACACUUGACUCCAAAUAAGCUAAGGUGAAGCUCACUGGUUAUCUUCCCUUUUGCACAUACAGUUAUGCUUAACUGAUGUACAUAGCUGCAUUUUCUUUAGUUUGUAUUUAAAGUUAAGCUGAUUUGAGGCUUGAUAUUUUUUACCUGUUGAUAUUCUCUCAGGAGAAAAUUCAUAGUAAUACAGUUUUUCAUCUUUGAUGAAGACAUUGUUGACAUUUUGAAAUGGUUAUUACUAAGAUUUCUGUAAGAUCCUCUGCAAAUUUCAGCCAUCUUAAACUAAGCAUUGAAAAAUAAAUUUAAAAUAGAGUGACUGUCUGACUUGGAAAAAAACAGAUACCAUAACUAACUAAUUUCAAAAAAGGGACAGUUAGGAAAUGACUCAAAUAGAAAUUAAGGCUUGUUAGAAAGUGCCAGACUUUACCCCCUGUACCAGUAUGUGCUGGGGGCUGCCCAGCUGGGAAGCAGCUCCACAGAAAAGGACCUGGGGGUCCUGCCAGAAGCAUGUCCUUAUGGCAAAGGUGUCUGAAUGUCCCAGGCUGCUUUAGGCAAAGCAUCACCAGCAGGCAAGGGAGGUGAUCCUUACCUCUGCUCAGCGCUGGUGAGGGCAUGCCUGGUGUACUGCGUCCAGAGAGACAUGGACGUGCUGGGGGGAGUCUAGUGAAGGGCCAGGAAAAAAGAUAGUUAAGGGACAGGAGCAGCUCUCCUGUGAGGAGAGGCCGAGAGAACUGGGACUGUUCAGCCCGGAGAAGGGGAGGCUCAGGGGAGAUCUCAUCAAUGCGUGCAAAUACCUGAAGGGAGGUUGCAGAGAAGAGAGGGACAGGCUCUUUUCAGUGCCAGGUCACCAGCACAUGGGCACAAACUGAAGCACAAGAGGUUCCCUCUCAACAUCAGAAAACACUGCUUUACUGAGUGUGUGACUGAGCAACGGAGCAGGUUUCCCAGAGAGGUUCUGGAGUCACCAUUUUCAGAGACAUGCAAAAGUUAUCUGGACAUAGUCCUGACUUGCUGGACCAACCUGCCUCCCAGUGGUCCCUUCCAACCUCAACCACUCUGUGAUUCUAUGAUGCCUUACCCCUGUACUCAUCACAAAACCAAGUGUUUAGGGUGCUUACAUUUUUCCCCUCACAGUGUAGAUU